GACUAGAAGCUUUAUGUUUAUAUCCCCGUGGCGGGGGCCAGGAAGGUGGCGGGGCGGCCUCCGAGCCUCCGAGUCCGGAAGUUUCUGCUCUCUGCGGGGCGGAUCCGGAAGCGAAGCCCGAAGGGGCGGGACUUGAGCUAGAGGCACGCAGCUACUCACGCAGGUUUUCCCAGAGAUUAAACCAGAAGAAAACAAUGUGACCGUUUCUGAGCCCAGCUAUUCCAUAUGGAAUGCAGUGUUUGUCGUGGCCCAUGCCCUCCAUAAAACGCUGUUGAGCAAAAUUGAAAUGGGAUCUAAAGAAGACAAAAACAUGGACUGGCUUCUACCAUGCCAGGAUGUAGUGACUUAUGAUGAUGUGCAUGUGAACUUCACUCGGGAGGAGUGGGCUUUGCUGGAUCCUUCCCAGAAGAGUCUCUACAAGGAUGUGAUGCUAGAGACCUACAGGAAUCUGUUUGCUAUAGGCUUCAUUUGGGAAGACCAUAAUAUUGAAGAACACUGUCAAAGUUCUGGAAGACUUGGAAGGCAUGAAAGAACACAUACCGGAGAGAAACCCUUCAAAUGUAAUCAAUGUGAAAAAACCUUUUUCCAACCCAGUCAUCUCCAAAGACAUAGAGUAACACAUACUGGAGACAAACCUUAUGAAUGUAAUCUGUGUGAUAUAGCCUUUUUACAACACAGUCAUCUUCAGAGACAUAAAAGAACUCAUAGCAGAGAGAAACCCUAUGAAUGUAACCAGUGUGGUAAGGCCUUUUCACAUCAUGUUCAUCUCAAACAACAUAAAAGAAUGCAUACUGGAGAGAAACCAUAUAAAUGUAUCCAGUGUGGUAAAGCCUUUUCACAUCAUGGUACUCUCCAUAAUCAUAAAAAAACACAUACAGGAGAGAAACCUUAUGAAUGUAAUCAAUGUGGUAAAGCCUUUUCAAAGCAUGGUAAUCUCCAAACCCAUAAAAGAACACAUACCGGAGAGAAACCCUAUGAAUGUAACCAGUGUGGUAGAGCCUUUUCACAUCAUGCUACUCUUCUGAUACAUGAGCGAAUACAUACUGGAGAAAAACCCUAUGAAUGUACACAGUGUGGUAAAGCCUUUUCAUGUCAGGGUAGUCUCCGAAGUCAUAAAAGAACACAUACUGGAGAGAAACCCCAUGAAUGUAACCAUUGUGGUAAAACCUUUUCACAUCAUCGUACUCUUUUGAUUCAUGAAAGAAUACAUACUGGAGAGAAACCCUAUGAAUGUACACAGUGUGGUAAAGCCUUUUCAUGUCAGGGUAGUCUCCGAAGUCAUAAAAGAACACAUACUGGAGAGAAACCUCAUGAAUGUAACCAGUGUGGUAAAGCCUUUUCACAACAUAGUAAUCUCCAAAGUCAUAAAAGAACACAUACUGGAAAGAAACAUUAUGAAUGUAACCAGUGUGGUAAAGCCUUUUCAUGUCAUGGUCAUCUCCAAAGACAUAAAAGAACACAUACUGGGGAGAAGCCUUAUGAAUGUAACCAGUGUGGUAAAGCCUUUUCAUGUCAGGGUAAUCUCAAAAUUCAUGAAAGAAUACAUACUGGAGAGAAACCCUAUGAAUGUAACCAGUGUGGUAAAGCCUUUUCACGUCAUGGUCAUCUCCAGCGUCAUAAAAGAACACAUACUGGAGAGAAACCCUAUGAAUGUACCCAGUGUGGUAAAGCCUUUUCAUGUGACCGUAAUUUCCGAAGACAUAAAAGAACACAUACUGGAGAGAAACCUUAUUAAUGUAACCAGUGUGGUGAAGCUUUUUCACAGCAUAAAAAUUCAUAACACAUACUGGAGAGAAACCCUAUGAAUGUAAACAGUGUCGUAAAGCCUUUUCAAAAUAUGGUAAUCUCCAAAAUCAUAAAAAGUAGUGCCUACUGGAGAGAAACUAUGAAAAUGUAAUUAGUAUGACAGAGCAUUUUUUACAGCACAGUCAUCUGUAAGUACAUAAAAGAACAUAUACCAGAGUGAAACCCUGUGGUAAAGGGUGAUCACAGCAUGAUACUUUUCAAAUACAUAAAAAUGCACAGACUGGAGAGAAUCCCUAUGAAUGUAACCACUAUAAAACUUUUUCACAAAUGGUAAUCUCCAAAUACAUGAAAAGACACAUAAGGGAGAAAAAGCUUGCAAAUGUAUUCAGUGUGGUAAAGUGUUUUAUCAAAACUUUUAUCUGCAAAGACACAUACUCGAGAGAAGUCCUAUGAAUGUUUUUAAUAGGAUGAAGACUUUGAACACUUCUUUAGCGUCUAUUAUCAGAAAAGAAUUCAUACUGCAGGAAAUCUCUAUGAAUAUGUUUAAUUUGGUACAUGAAACUUUGCCUUUUUUGUCUUUUUUGUCUCUGGUAGACAUAUAAGGAAGUAGUAUACUCAUCAGACAACUGUAUCUCUCACAACAUUGCUUGAUGUUCUAUGGAUAUAUACAUAUUAUAUAUUGUUCCAUAAUUCUUCAUAUUCACAGUGGGUAUCCUUUGCCAUUUCAUCUUGAAAUAUUAGCUUCUGAGGAAAUUACAUAGUGAUGCUAGAUAAUGUAACAUUUUUAUUUCUUGCUAGUAAAAAUAAUUCUUGUGUGUGUGAAUGUGUUUUUAGCACAUAUCUAUGUGGAAAGUAGAAAACAACUUCUUUGGUCUACUUUUUGUCAUCUUUAUAUGCCAAUGAAAUGUCAAGUUGCCAGCUUUGCAUACCUCAGACAUUCCAUGAUUCUCAAAUAAUAUUGGUUGAAAGAUUACAUCCAUAAAAUAUUGUCUUCUUUUCAAAUUGGAAACGUCAUCAUCUAAGGGUGGAGAAAACAUGAUUUGAAUGAUAAAUCGUAUUGUCAAAAGUAUGUAGUGUUUUGUGAAUGUGUUAAUCUAUUUUUUUAAUUUAAAAAAUUUUUAUUUUAAUUACAGUUUAUUCACUUUGUAUCCUAGCUGUAGCCCCCUUACUCAUUCCCUCCCAAUCCCACCAUCCCUCCCUCAUCUCCUUUCCAAGUCCACUGAUAGCGGAGUUUAUCCUCCCAUUCCAUCUGAUCCUAGCUUAUCAGGUCCCAUCAGGAAUGACUGCAUUGUCUUUCUCUGUGGCCUGGUAAGGCCACACCCCAAUUGGUGGAGGUGUUCAAAAAGCCAGACAUGGAGUUCAUGUCAGAGACAGUCCCUGUUCCCCUUACAAGGGGUUACAUCUGUGCAGGCAUUCUAGGUUAUCUCCAUGUAUCGUCCUUGGGAGUUUAAUCUAUUCUUAGUAGUAAACACUUGUUCACAACAUUUCUUAGGACCACACAUAAGUGCCAGAGAAUUGUCUCAGUGGGUGAAGUUGGUUGUUGCUAAGCCUGACAACACAAAUUCAUUCUCUGGGAGACUCAUUAUUCCCUACAUUUUUUUUCUUUCAUUUGGACAUUUGGGAUUUGGAAUAUUUACACUACCGUACUAAAGGUAAAUAAGUUUUAAACCCAUAUAAGAGCUCUUGAGCUCACUUGAGAAAUGACUCCCUGGGUUUCAUCUUUAGAAGUUACAUAGUGGAAGUAGGAGAAUGCAGUAAGUUGUCCUUUCAUUGCUUAUAGAUUAAUGGCAGAAAUGUAUACAAAGAAAAACAGUUAAAACAAUAUCAAACUGAUGAAACUAACAAAUCCAAAGAAAGAUAACCCAAUUAUUGAAAACAGGAAUUUAAUUGCCAGAUUACAUUAUUAUAGAAAUUCAAGAGAUGUUGCUUUUCAUCAAAACAAUGAUGGUUCCUUUUAAAAUCUUAUUUUGUUUUUUCAUUCUCUGCUUCAAAGAGAGGUCAUUUUACAAAUAAGCCUCAGUUGGGUUUAGAAGUGCAUGCCUAUAAUCCCAGCACCUAGGAGACAGUGGCAGGCCAAUAUGUCUGAAUUUGUGGCCUGCUUGGUCAAAAUAGUUUCAGUACAGCUAUGGCUAUAUAUAUUCUGUCCCAAAAAGUUUAAAAAAUGAAAGAGUAUAUCUCAAAAUAUGGAAAUGUUUCUGAUACACUCUUAUGAGGCUGUGAGCAGUUUCAACCAACUGUGAGUAAGCAGUUAUCUUUACUCACAUUAAGAGAACUGUGUUAACAAUGAAAAAUAGGAAGCAAUGUGGAAAGUCCAUUCACAGAGGGCUAGAAAUCCAUUGAGUCCUUCAACAAUCAUGUAGCAGGGACUCUUAACCAAGUGUUAGGAGACAAAAGCAGUGAUGGAACAUCUCCAUCCUCUGCAUUGUAAUAACAUAUUUGGGAGAUGGAGAGGUUGUAGUUCUGCUUCUCUUAUGUACCCAAGUGUGGUUCUUAUUUCCGACACUGGAUGGCUCAGAAUUACCUGUCUUUCCAUUCAUUCUUCUGUUCCCCCUAGGGACCACAUAUGUAAAUGGUGAAAAGACACAUACCUACUUGAUUCUAUAUUGUAAAAAAACUUAAAUAUAUAUAUAUAAAUUGAAGACUAUUUAGAUGCAUUAGUUAUUUCUCUAUGUGUAGCAAGUGCAUGUUGUGUAUCAGUGGAGAACAGAACAGAGGAUCUGAUGCAUGUGAUUAGACUUACAGACAGUUGUGAGCUGUCUCUUUGGUGCUGGGAUUCAAAGUGAGGCUCUAUGACUGGGGCUCUUAAGGGUUGAACCAUCAGUUCAGCCCCAUCAGCGUGUCAUUAAUAGCAGUAAGGUAUGAAUGGUUGAUCCUAAGUUCAUCUUUAACAUAGCCUUGACAAUGGAGAAGAAAAAUAUGAGACUUAUAUCAUUAGAACCUAACAUACACUUGGUGGUUAAAGAAGUUUCUCUGCCCAGAUCUCCAAAAAAAUGGGGGAAGUGUCUCAAAAAUGAUGAGGAGAGAAAUUGAGAGUACAAGUCUUUAAGAAGUCACUGUUCCCGUGACCAAAGCCACAAGGCUAAAUUAAUCUCAUGUAGUAAAUAGGCAUUAAUGGGAGACUGCAAGGACACAUUUAAAAAAACUCCCUGCUGGAGUUUAUACCUACUGUAAGGAGAGAAAAAAACAAACAAACUUGUAGUCAUCAAGAUCCACCUGUCUAGCUCAGAUUAUAGUCUGCUUCACCGAUCCCUGAAAAACAUUCAGUAAGGAUCCUGGAGUAAUGGUUACUCCAGAGGACAUAGAGGUUGUGGUCAGGGAAAUCUGAGAUGCAAACAAAAUUAAUGUAGGGCUGGGGAAAGCAGACAUUUACAAAUAGUUUUGUAACAUCAAAAAUGUAUUAGGGGAGGACUUUGGAUGCUAAGCAAAAGCAUUAAAAGGACAAAAAACAAUGCUUGGGAGAUAUACCUGAGGACAAGCUGGCUUCUACUUUAUUCUCUGUAUAUACUCGGCUGUGGUGGGCCAGCCCCCACCAAGUCUUAUACUCUUUCCUUUUCUAGGCAACUACAUGUAUCUCAGUGACAGCACCAUGCAGGCCCAUACUUGGUGUUCUCCAGUUGGAUCUUAAAGUCCUCGGUCCCCAAUCUGUAACCUACCUGCCAUCAUUAAGGGAUCCAUCCACUCCCGCUACUCUGUUUCCUCUUCAAAAAGGAACAUGCCUCCAAGAGAAGACAGCCAAACAGCAAAGACAAGAUACAAAAACAGGAGGGAGCUCCAAUCUCUCCCAUCUUCUUUACCUAACACUUUGGAUCUGUGGAAUUUUAACGUGAAGAAGUGUGUCAGUGUCGAGGCAGACUUUGAAGUUGUUUAACAUAUAACCUGGGGCCUGAACUUAAAAGAGACUAUAAGAUGACUGCAUAUAUUGGAUUCAAAAUCUGUUCUAAGCUGUCUUUUAGCAUGAACUAGAGCUGGAUACAUGCUACUAUUAAAGAUUUAUUUUCAC